GCCGUCAGAAACGAUGUGCUUGAAGAAUUUCUCGAGCUAGGAAAAUGUCCUCUACAGCCUAAUGACAAAUGGAAGUUCAGAGAAACGGGAAAAUCCUAUUAUUCUGUAUAGGUAUAAAUGGAAAACCCCUAUCAAAUAUACAAAUAUUUCAUUGUUGACUUCUUUUCCUUUUAGAGCAUGGGUAUUGUGUGAAAAUUGUGAUGUUCGCACUCCCAGGGAUGAUGGUUACCCUUUCCCUACUGCUCCUCCUGUGGACCCAUUUGCCAAAAUCAAAGUGGAUGACUGUGGAAAAACUAAGGGAUGCUUUAGAUACGGCAAGCCGGGCUGUAACGCGGAGACCUGUGACUAUUUCCUCAGCUACCGGAUGAUAGGGGCCGAUGUGGAAUUUGAGCUGAGCGCUGACACAGAUGGUUGGGUAGCAGUCGGAUUCUCUUCAGACAAGAAAAUGGGUGGUGAUGACGUCAUGGCCUGUGUCCACGAUGACAACGGGAGGGUCCGCAUACAGCACUUCUAUAAUGUAGGCCAGUGGGCAAAGGAGAUCCAGAGAAAUCCUGCCAGAGAUGAAGAAGGAGUCUUUGAGAACAAUCGGGUCACCUGCAGAUUUAAACGCCCCGUGAACGUUCCCAGAGAUGAGACAAUUGUCGAUCUGCAUCUGAGUUGGUAUUACCUGUUUGCUUGGGGUCCAGCCAUUCAGGGCUCUAUCACCCGACAUGACAUAGACUCACCACCGACUUCAGAGCGUGUUGUCAGUAUUUACAAGUAUGAAGAUAUUUUUAUGCCAUCAGCUGCCUAUCAAACCUUCUCUUCUCCGUUUUGUUUGCUUCUCAUUGUUGCCCUGACCUUCUACUUAUUGAUGGGAACCCCUUAACCACAGCUGCAAAGCCAACAUAUUAAACAGAUUAGGAAGUCCUUAGUAUAAAUAUAUUUUUAAAGAAUAUGAAGUAUAAUUUUAGCUUUUCUUAUUUAAAAAAAAGAUUCCUAUAAUUUCAGUUUUUUGGAAGAAAGAGCAAGCUGUUUUUCUAAUCAAAGAGGAUUGUUUAAUAUUGAUCCCAUACUUUUGGAAAGUACUUACAAAUUUUUCUAAGCACUUUCAAACGUGUUUUCUUAUUUGAGCUUCAUAACAUCGCUGAGUUGGCUUGAUGAAAAUUAUUAAUGCCAUCUUACUGAAUGGGAUUUGGGGUCGAGGAAAGCUACCUUUUUGGGUGACCCACAGCCACAUGGCCUUGGCUACACUUGGUCAGAUAACACAUAACAAGGUAGAGAAAGAGCUAGGCAUACAGAAUCUAAACAACCUUUAUUCUUCCAACUACAGCUUGGGAGAGUUACUUGGAGUAUUACUCAAAAGAACUUUACCACAUGGCCCUGGUUCACAAUCAACCUUUUAGGCAGAAGAGAUUUCAAAUUUCCAUAAAUGUGUUUGGCUAUUUACACAGCUGAUGGGGAGAAUGGGAAAGAUUACAACGAUAAGAAAAUGAAAUUUUCUUGAAAUUUCUUCUCCAUCAGUGAAUAGUUAUGAGAAAGUAUUUUUUUAUUGCUGUUUGGAAAGGUUAGAAAUGGAAAUGUGAGUGUUCCUGAAGAUGUAAAACUAUAUUAAUGAUCAAAAAAAAAAUAAGGGCAUUCUUAGUGGUUAGAAUUUGGACUCUUCUAUCUUUUAUUUUAUAAAUUAAACAAUUCACCUGUGGUUAUAGCUAAUUCUGUCAUCAGAGUCGACAUCCACUGAGUAUGAUUAAAUAUGUAUUAUAAUAGACAAAUCAUCUUAAUAAAGAUUUAAGGUAUUUUGAAAAUAAAUUAACAUUUUUGGAGAUUGUGGAGCUUUGGAGUAGGAACUUUUUAAAGAUGACAUUUCUUUUUUAAAUCAGAAAAUGGGAGAUGACCCCUAGAGUGAGUUCAUCUAGUUUCUGUUCAACAUGUUCAGACUUGUAAACUGGACCAGCAGUCUGCAGAACUUAUCAUAAUGCCUUGACUUAACGCAUUCCCUUUUUUUCAAAGGAACCUGAAUGUUCCUUUGUUCAAAAGUUCUGUGCCAACAGCCCACUAAGAGGAAAAGAGUCUAUGGGUGUCGUUGAGUUGCUGAUGGAUCUCCACUGUAGAGUUUUGCAGUCCUCUGACUUGCCCCCUUCAUUAUUUUAGAGCUGGAUUUGUGGAUUUUGUGAUUAAACAAGACUGGAGACUGAUUUCGAAUGCCAUCCUUGGAAUUUACCAUCAGGGUGAAAGUCCACCUUGGGGGGAGAGCUUUUAAAUUCUGGAACUGUACAAAAAUAAGGGAAACACAGAUUCCGUGACAUAUAGUCUACCAAGUGACGUAGGAGAAAUAAUCCUCAUUGCAGAUGGAGAGAGGUUAAAUGACAUUAGGUGAGCAAAAGAACUGGGUAGGAUUCAAACUCAGGUCAUCUGGUUCAAGUCUGUGGCUCCACCUCACUGCCCUUGCCUUGGAACUGCGCCCUCCAGUCUCAGCUGAGGGAAGCCUGUGCACACCUUCGCGCUAUCGUGGUUGCUCCAUGGUGAGGACACAGAAUAUGCAGGCACCCCCUUUGUAAAUAAGAAGGCAAAUAUUUUUAUACUUCACUGUCUUAUGUAUAUAGUAUUUCAGCUAUAAAUAGGUUAAGACUAAAGAGAGACAGGCUAGCCUCUGUAGCAGGCAGGGAAGGAAUACAUUAAUGCAUUUUCCCUCUCCUUGCAUUUCAGGUCAAGCUAAUUAUUUCACGAAUCGUUUCCACUUGAUGACCAGUCUUGCAUAUUCGUGCUUAGAACUUUCUCUGACUUCCUAUUGCCAUUAGGGUAAAAUGCAAUCCAUUUUGAUUACCUCCAAAAGCAUCUUUCGCCACCACUCCUCACUGGCUAUGCCCACGCAAGACAGCUGUUCUCAACUCACCUCUCAUGGUGUUGCCUGUGCCCAGGCGUCUCCCACUUCCUGUGCUUGCUGAACUCCUGCUUAUCUUUCAGCUCACAGCUUCAGUAUCUCUUCCUCCAGUCCCCUGGACUAGAUAGGUUUAGGCCCCCUCCACAUGCUCCGAGCAGCACACUGGGCUUCCCCAUCCUGUUACUCAUCACACUUUACUGCAAUCGCUUGCUCACCCUCCCUUGCUAGCUCCCCAACGCGGGAACCAUUUCUUGCUACUCAUGGUUGUACCAGACACCACUACACUGUAGGUGCUCAGCAAACACUUGUCGGACAGAAAAAGUAAAUGAAACUCUACUUCCGUGGUAAGUUUGUUUGGUUCGUAUACAAUGCCAGACUGGCCAACAUUUGUGCAUUCUUCCACCUGUGAGCAAACCAUAAACCAUCUCUUUAGCAAACACUGAACUUUUGAAACACUGAUAGAAAGUUGGUGCUGUUUUGCCCUGCAGUGAACCUUAACUGAUAUUUUGGACAAUAAUUACUGUUCGCAAAUAAGAAUUAACAGACCAGGAAUGCAGAACAGCAUUUGACUCAUUCCAGAGGAUCGUUCGUUUAUAGGCACGCUGAAAUUAAAAUUCUGUAGACUUCAACUUCAUUUAUUCGCACCUUAUAUGAGAAUAAAUUUCUGUUUUAUCUCUGUAUUCCCAUUUCCUAACAUAGUGCUUGUCACAGGGGAGAUGCCUAACCAGUAUUUGUUUUGUUUUGUUUUUAUAAAAUGCCCAAGUAGAACCAUAACAGCUAAAUGUAUUUAGAGCUGGUCUAAGCACCUUCUGUGGAUUAACCCAUUUAAUCCUCACAAUCCCCACAGGAAGUAGAUUCUAUUAUUAAUCCAAUUUUACAGAUGAAGAAACUGAGGCUAGACGUUUGGCAUAAAUGACCAGUGCUGGCAUUUAAUCUAGUGCACUUACCUUACAAAGGGGCAGCUGAGACCUAGGGAGGUGAAAGGACUUCCUACACAUUCAUGUCUUUAUGCACACUCAUUUAGGUAUUUAUGAAAUGGAACCCACUAUGCACACUCAAAUUAGGUAGGUGCUUUAUCCCCCCCUUUACUGAUUCACAAUAAGUAAGAGGACUUUUAUAGUUCUGUUUGGGGAAAGAGGUAUAUUUUUCUUUCUAUAAAUUUCUUCUCAGAAACAUUUAGAAUCUUUAUCAGCCAUUUUAGGACUUUUAAUAGUUGGUUUUUUUUUUUAAUGCACAGAUUGGACAAUACUGAAAGAAUAUAUUUGUCUUAGUUAAUUUUUAGAAGUGAUUUGCCUAAAACCCCAGGUCUUCUCAUUUGGAACUCCAUGCCCUUUUAUUGUUCCACUGUAGUCUCAGAGCUGAAUUUAUAACCAUGAUUUCAGACAAAAUGCAGGAGCCAUAUUUAAUGAUCUUAAUUUAAGGUAGCUUUUGUCAUUAAGGACACCGGGAAGUUCGGACAACUCAGGGAUGGAUUUUUCAUCCCAGACAGUUUUUGUUACAACUUCUGUAAUAAAGUUUACUGUCUAUAUUCUGGAUUUUGUGCUUCCAAGAUGUUACCACUGAGGCUGUGUGUCAUUCUCAGGCCUAGCCUGGGGUCCUCAAACUUUCUGUAAAGGGCCAGAUGGUAGAGAAUUUUAGGCUUUGCGGUCUCUGUUUCAGCUGCUCAGCUCUGUUGCAGUAAAUUCGGAACCGGGUAAGCAGCAGUUUUAAUAAUCUCUAAGCUGUGGCGAUCAUGAAUGACUUGUACCAUUGAAUUGCAAUUCAUGGUGGGGAUUACAAUGUUUCAGAGUAAUUUAUUUCCCUGUAGAUUUCUUUUUAAGCAUUAUCUAAAUCUGUUACGCCCAGGGGAGAGUUUUUUACACAGGUGACUAAGGCAUCUCCCUCGUGUAUCCUAGUGGAAAAAUGUUUGAAAACCCCUUCACUAGGCCAGAUGCUGAGAUGUGUAUACUUUGUUGUAUAUAAUUGUAGUGUAUAUCCUUGUUCUCUAAACAGAACUGGUUAUGUUUAGCGGACAGUUUGAUUAUCCUCAGUGUGUGUGUAUAUAUAUUUGUACAUACAUGACGAGCUCUGUGUGUGUUUGUACAUGAAUGCCUAUAGAUACACGCCAAGCCCCUAUGAAGGUCUUUGUCAGGAUUGUUCCUGUUCCUGAUCUCCUGAAUACUCAAAAACCUUGUGCAUAUUACAGGCAAAACUUCCUUUGAGUUUAUAGGAAUUUAGUUUGUAGAAAGGAUUCCUUUAUUAAGCCUUGCCUCCUCCACUCAACAUUAUAUGAAUUGUUAAGAAUGUAUAAAGUAUCUCUGUUCAGUUUGACUUGUCUAUACUUUUAGUUAAGAAACUAAGGCUAAUGUUAACUAAGUAAGUGGCAUGUUGAUAGAACCUAUACAUAUUUUGUAUUUAGAUUCCUUAUUCAGAUAUUCAGUUAUUUAGUUUCAAGUUGGACGUCCUUGUUUUUGUAUUUAAUAAACAACCUGAUUAUAAGUUCCUUUUCACAAAAAUAGUGGCUAUGCUAGUGUGAUUUUAAAUAUGUCUGGAGACUGAACAUUGAAGUGCAUCAUCAAGCUCUUUGAGAUUUGUCACUUA